AUGCCAACCACCUUCCUCGCCCUCCCCACAGAACUCCAACUCUCCACCCUACGCCGCUGCAACUCACGCCACCUCUUCGUCUCCAUCCGCCUCGUCUCCUCCCGCUUCCAACCCCUCGUUGACGACAUCUUCCUCAACGAAGUGCUCCCCACCCUCCGCAUCGAUCUAAACGUAUGGGACGAAGGGAAUCACCAGAAAUACCUCCCCUCAAAGAACGUGCAGCUGCAAUACCACUUCUCCGGCGUGGACGAAAGUGAUGCAGACGUGAUAAGAUGCGAGCUACGCGCGGUGUACCCGGAGGAUAGGCGGGAGAGGGUGUUGAGGCAGUUGCGGCAGCCGAAUGUUGUGAGGCAUGCGAUGCAGAUGUCGUUGGCGGGGAGCUAUGUUAUUGCGAUGAAGGAUAAUUCGUGGUUUGAGCAUCCGGUUUGGAGGGCGAGGCCUAAGCAGGCUGGGAUUGGUGAUGUUUUGUUGCUGGAUUGGAGGAAGUUGAUGGUGAAGUACUUUAGGGCUGCGAAGGUGCUUGAAGAUAUCGCGAAAAACCGGUCAGAAGGGAAGUCGAUUUUUCCGUUGUACUGA